AUGGACACGGCCUACCCCCGCGAGGACCCCCGGGCCCCGGCGACCCGCAAGCCCGAUGGCGCCACCCACACGGCCCUCACGCUGGGCGAGCCGCGCCCCCAACUGCCACGCGACCACAUGAUCUGGUCCAUCUUCAGCACCCUCUACCUGAACUUGUGUUGCUUCGGCUUUCUGGCGCUGGCGCACUCCAUCAAGGCCCGAGACCAGAAGGUGGCCGGGGACCUGGAAGCAGCCCGCCGUCUCGGCUCCAGAGCCAAGUGCUACAACAUCCUGGCCGCUAUGUGGACGCUGGUGCCGCCGCUGCUGCUGCUGGCCCUGGUGGUGACUGGCGCCCUGCACCUGUCGCGGCUGGCCGAGGGCUCCGCUGCUUUCUUCAGCACCAAGUUCGACGAUGCAGACUAUGACUGA